AUGAUAACCGAGUACGGCAGAGCAGGAGAAGUAUCGAAAGCAAUGAAACUGUUCGAAGAAAUGCCACAAAGGAAUCAAGUCUCCUGGAACGCAAUGUUGACGGUCCUCCUUGAAUCCGAUUGUUUGGAUGCCGCGCGAAGAUUGUUUCGUGAGAUGCCCCAGAGAAACUCAGUAUCUUAUACAUCAAUUUUGACGGGUUUGUCGAGGUCAGGUUUUGUCUCUGAAGCACGCAAGAUCUUUGACUCUAUCCCCAUUACUGAACAAAAUGUCUUCUCAUGGACAGCCAUGAUAUCCUGUUACUCCCAUAAUUUCCAGCCUUGGCAUUCCUUGAAGCUUUUUUCCAUCCUUUAUGGUGAAUUUUUCUCGUUUAAGAUACUGCCAAACUCCCAUACUUUUAGUAUUCUUCUAAAAUCGUGUGUGGACGUGCAAUCGCUUGUAAUGGCAAUUCAGAUCCAUGCUAUGGCAUUAAAGUUUUUAGACAUGGAACAUGAGAAAACGGUUUUUGUCAACAAUUCAUUGAUAGAUCUAUACUCCAAAUUAGGAGGUUUAGCCGAUGCAGAGAAGAUUUUCAAUGGGCUCAAGUGGAAAGAGUUGAGUUCGUGGAAUGUUAUGAUGGCAGCUUAUGCACACCACCUCUUGAUUGAUAAAGCUCUUGAAAUUUUCAACUCCACGAAGAAUAGGGAUAUUCUUUCGUGGAAUAUUAUGAUGUCGGGGUUUGCUGAAAGUGGUCGUCAUACUGAAGCUGUGGAAUUGUUUCUCCAGUUAUUGAGAUUGCAGAAGCCAGAAACAACGCCCAAUCCCUCUACUUACACAAUUGUUCUAACUGUUUGUGCCACCCGUUGCAUGCUUGAAUGGGGAAGACAGAUUCAUACUUGCACUGCCAAGUGUGGGUUGUAUUUUAGUAAUGUCUAUAUAGGAAAUUCACUGAUCAACAUGUACGCAAGGUGCAGUUUGGUGGAAGAAUCAGAACAAGUGUUUGAUGAGAUUUACUGGAAAGACACAGUUUCAUGGAACUCACUGGUAUUGGGUCUUGGGCAGAAUGGGUAUUGUAGAAAAGCAUUGGAGGUUGCAGAAAAAGCAUUGAAGUUGGGAGUAUAUAACUACAAUACAUUCAUCGGUUUGCUAACUAGUUGUAGUCAUGGAGGUUUAGUUGAGGAAGGGUUAGAAUAUUUUAGCUCUAUGAGUAAAAAAUUUGGUAUAGACCCAAGUUUAGAUCAUUACAUCUGUGUGAUUGAUAUGCUUGGAAGGGCUGGUAGAAUAGUUGAGGCACAUAAUCUCUUGCUUGAGAUGCCUUUUGCUCCAAACUCCAUAGCGUGGGCAGCUCUUCUUAGUGCAUGUGUGAUCCAUGGAAAUGAAGAGGUGGGUGAAAUAGCAGCAAGAGAGCUCAGGCAUUUGGAGCCUGGUAAUGCAGCCAGUUAUGUAAUGUUGGCAAAGAUAUACAUUAGAACAGGUAAAUUGGAGCAAUCCAGGAGGCUUGUUGGAUUUAUGGAUGAAAUUGGCUUGAGAAAGAAACAGGGUUUUAGUUGUAUUAUUUAG